AUGAAGCAGCACCUGGCUUCAUUGCCAAACAUUGCAGCACCUGAACGGGGGGAGCUGAUCAGUGUAGUCCUGACCAUCAAAAGAUACAAGGCCCGGGUACCUGUUUACUUCUUCAGUAAAACACUAAAAUUGGCAGAGACCAAGUACACCCCCCCACUUGAAAAACUUGCUUUUGCACUAGUCAAGACAGCCAGAAGGCUUCAGAGAUACUUUCAAGCACAUCCCAUACAAGUGGUCACGGACCAGCCAAUCAAAAAUGUGCCUGAAAAACCCGAAACUUCUAGACGUUUAGCCAAAUGGGCUGUGGAACUAGGUGAACACAAUAUCACCUAUGUCCCAAGAAAAGCUGUAAAAGCUCAAAUCAUGGCUGACUUCAUUUUGGAAGUGCCCAAAGAAACAAUAACGGAAGUCAACACAGCCUCUGCUGAACCCUCCAACCCUCAUACCUGGAAGCUCUUUACCGACGGAGCUCCCAGCAUUGAAGGGUCAGGAGCAGGGUUAGUCCUAAUUGAUCCUAAUGAAUUGGAGUUCACGUAUGCUUUUCGCCUUGAAUUUCAGACCACAAACAACGAAGCUGAGUAUGAAGCAUUAAUUGCUGGGCUCAAGCUUGCAAGAAAAAUGGGUGUAAAAAAGCUUCAAGUCUUCAUAGACUCAUUACUUGUUUCAAACCAAGUAACUGAUAACUACAUGGCGAAGGAAUCAAACAUGCAGAAAUACUGUGAAACGGCUAAAGAACUCAUGAAUUCAUUCGAAGCAUGCACAGUCAAACAAAUCCCAAGAUCACAAAACAAAAAGGCUGAUGCUCUAAGCAAACUUUCUUCAUUAACCUUUGCCCAUCUCAUAAAGAAGGUAUUGGUUGAAGUGUUAAAGCAAUCAUCUCUCCAAAAGCUAGAAGUUCAAGAUGUCAUCACCGAGGAAGGUCCGGAACAUCACACAAAGAAGGUAUUGGUUGAAGUGUUAAAUUGGAUGACCCCGUUGAUCAAAUUCCUCACAAAUGGUGAACUACUAAAGGAUCAAGUAGAGGCUGAAAGGGUUCGAAUAAAAACAAGACAAUAUGUGUUGCAAGAAAAUAUUCUAUACAAAAAAGGGUACCUUGCACCAUUACUUCGUUGUGUCGGCCCGGAACAAAGUCAAUACUUGAUCAAGGAAAUUCAUGAAGGAAUUUGUGGAGCUCAUUUCGGCCCAAGAUCAGUAGUCUCAAAGUUGAUGAACCUUGGAUACUUCUGGCCAACCAUGCAUCGAGAUGCAAGUGAUCAAUUGAAAAAGUGUGAAGUCUGUCAAAUACAUGCUCCUGUGCCAAAAAGCCCAAAGCAUGAUUUGAUUCCCAUCUCAUCUGCUUGGCCGUUCCAUAAAUGGGGAAUGGACAUCAUUGGACCGUUCCCCCCGGCCAAAGGAGGAGUUAAAUUUCUCGUAGUAGGGGUUGAUUACUUCACCAAAUGGCCGGAAGUGAAGCCAUUAGCAAAGAUAACAGGAAAGCAAAUCACUGACUUUGUGUGGGAAAGCAUCGUUUGCAGAUUUGGGCUACCGGGGGUAUUAGUCACAGACAAUGGUAAACAGUUUGCUGAGAAGCCUUUUAGCACAUGGUGCAAAGAAUUCCGAAUAACACAAGUCUUCAGCUCAGUAGCCUACCCUCAAUCCAACGAGCAGGUUGAAAGAACAAAUCGAAGCAUCGUGGAGGGCAUCAAAGCACGAUUGGGAAAACAUGACACCAAUUGGCUCGAAGAACUCCCAAACGUAUUAUGGGCAAUAAGAACAACCGAAAAAACAAGUCAAAAGAAAACACCUUAUAGCAUGGUAUUUGGAUCCGAAGCUGUGAUCCCAGCAGAAAUAGAUGUUACAACAAAGAGAACAUUCAACAUUCAUCUAGAAGCAAAUGAUGUGAGGGUGUUUAAUCAUGUUUUAAAGUGUUUAAUUAUGAGGUUUUACAUGAUUAUGUGUAUGAAAACGAGUUACUUUGAGUUGAUUUUGAUUUACAUGUACUCGGAGCAUAACGGAUGGCUUUUGGAGCUUGACGGAAGGUUUUCGGGAAGCAUUAUGGAGUAUUGGAAGCAUACACACAAGUUGGAAGGCCAAAAUAUGAAAAACGGGAAGUUCGGUAGCAAUCGGCGCCACUAG